GGUUGACAAUAAUUAAUAAGUUGAAUAAACUUGAUUAUGUUAAUUACCAUCACAUUGUCUUAUAAUUAUCAUUCUGAUGACGAUAUUCAAUAAUGAUGAUGUUAUCACUCUGAACCAUAAUGAUCAACAUGAACAUGAUGAUAAGCAAGUAAAUUAAAUCGUCGUUAAUUGCCUGAAGCAAUUAUCUUCAAGUUUUCCGAGCAAAUCGAACAGCCAAGUCUUGAGAUUUGAUUAAAUCCGAUUCUUUGUAACUUAUCAUAUCUCAUUAAGUUUCCAUUCAAUACAAAAUGUUAAGUUUUGUUUUUCUUUUGAUUGUUUCAAUUGAUCUUUCAUCGAGUAAAGUUUAUGAUCGAUGUGAACUCGCAAAUGAACUGUUAACAAGAUUUAAUUUUCCUGAAUCACAAUUAGCUGAUUGGCUUUGCUUAAUUGAAGGCGAAAGUUCAUAUAAUACAAGAGCAAUUAGUCAACCUGAAUAUGAUGGAAUCCGUGAUUAUGGUUUAUUUCAGAUAAAUAGUCGAUAUUGGUGUGGACCUCCCAACGAUAUAAACGUUUGUGCAAUUAAUUGCGCUGAUUUGGCUGAUGACGAUAUAACAGAUGAUAUUAAUUGUGUUCGCAAAAUUUACCAAGUUCAUGGGUUCGAUGCUUGGGUAGCGUGGAGAUAUAAGUGCAAAGGACGAAAUCUCAAAAAGUACUUAAAGGAUUGUUCGAAUAUCCAAUGGACGAAACCGUACAACGUGAUAAAUAAAUUGCUGAUUGAAACUGAGAAAAGUUUGCAAACGGUCUCAUCAACACACCGCAAGUCAAGCGCUAUUGAUAAUCAGCUCGCUUCUUUCGCUUUACAAGAGGUUACUAAUUAUCUGAAUAAUGUUCUAGAGACUAUGAAAUAUUAUCUCCAAUUCUGAUAUGUUUUUUUGUGAAUCAUAAUAAGUUGAUUAAAAAGUCACUUGCUAUGAGCCAA